AGUCGCGUGCGAAUCGCUGAAUCAUAGCAGCGCACUUGUUAUCGUUUCAUGAGCUCUAAUAAACUACCGUAGAAUCGGCUUAGGAACAGAUACAUUCUUACAGAAUAAUAAUUCGUUUUUGUUUUUGUUUUUGUUUUUUUGUUUGUUUGUUUUAUUUUGUUUCUCCAAGUGACGUUUGUUCAAAUUCCGUCUGACCUAAUCUGCGCGUGUGAAUGGCAGUUUGGCGAUGAAUUUGUACCUCGAAUGCGCAAGUCAUUGAAAACAUUCCGGUCGAGUGCAAAACCAGUGUCCGACGCAUUGUUUUGCUUGCAUUCUCCCAGCCGCUUGGCUUUGACAUUCGGGAAAGGAUCGAGCCUUGAGCAAAUAGUGCACACAAGUGGUCUCACAGACAAACAAGCGCGUCGACUCUGCUUUAAUUGGGGAAACAAGCUCGCCAGCAGAUCUUGCUGUUUUCAUUCAGUGCACGCGUUGGCAGUUGCUCGUUUGCCUCGUUUUCUCUCUUUUUCGUCUGCCGUACUAUCUUUUCUACUUUGUAUGUGCUGCGGUGUGGACAUCUUUUCUUUCGUUGUGUGUCGAUCAAAGUUUCUUUAUCUGCUCGAAACGAUAGAUUAAGUCACAGAUAGAAUACGUGCUGAGCUCUUUAGGGAUUUUGGGUUGCUUGGUUGCACAGGUGUUUGGAAGCCGGCAGCCGAGUUGAGCCCGUGGGUUGAACGCGAAGACGAAGAUCCUUCGUUUCGCUAAAAAGAAAAAAGAAAAAAAGGAGAUCAACAUGGGCUGUUUUGGGAGUAAGCAAAAGAUCUCCAAGGUAGACUUGGAAUAUCUUAAAAAGCACACUCGCUACGAUGAGGCAACCAUCAAAGAGUGGUUCAAAGGUUUCCGGCAAGACUGCCCCAGUGGACGCUUGACACCGGCCAAAUUCGUUGACAUGUACAAAAUGUUUUUCCCCAAUGGCAAUGCCGAGGAAUUCUGCGACCACGUCUUCCGAACGUUUGACAGAGACAAGAAUGGAUUCAUCGAUUUCAAGGAAUUUUUGUGUGCGAUUGACGUGACGUCGGCAGGAACUCCCAACGAAAAGCUCCAAUGGGCGUUUCGCAUGUACGAUGUCGACGGCAACGGCUCCAUCGAUUUGCAGGAGAUGACUAAGAUUGUGCAAGCCAUCUACGACAUGCUGGGAAACAGUUCCAGCAGCCGGCCGCCUGAUACGGCAGAAGAACGUGCAAAGAGUAUUUUUGCGCGGAUGGAUGAAAACGGUGAUGGCAAACUGACUGAAGAAGAAUUCCUGAAGGGCUGUCUGCAGGACGAGGAACUCUCUAAAAUGCUCUCACCUGGAUUUUAAACGCAUUCCCACCAUCCCUGUACCAAUCGAUAACUCCAUCUUUCACGUCUCCCAAUUAGUAAACGCAUCACAGUCAAAGGGAGGAUGGUGACCUGAAUUAUUUCGUUACAUUAUUCUAUUAAAAACAUUUGAAUCCCCUUAGAAACCAUCAUUUUUGGCUUCGCAAAAUGAAUGAAACUAAGUAUACAUCGGUAAAAAAAAAAAAAAAAAAUCUAUUUGAAUCGCGAACGAAACUCCUUCGAGUGCGCUUGUCGCUUGAACUUUCACGAUGACAUGCAUCGCUUUUGCUGCUCGUUUUCCGCUCUGCUGGCUUGCAGCCAAUUGCAAUCUAGCCAACUGCAUAACAAGAUGUGGUCAUAUUCACUUCGUCACACAGCUAGAAAAGAAGAAAUUUUUUAUGAAAUGGAAGAAGAGAGAAGGAGAAAGGGCAAGUACCCGAGGCACGGAGGGUUAAAUUUUUAGCCGAAUUGCUACGUAUUCCUUUUAGAAGAUUAUGUCGACCGAGUUCUUCUUUUUUUACAAUCUAUUGGUUGCACUCUUAGCUUUCUUCUAUUUCUCAACAUCUUUCUCUUAAAGGAAAUUUUCAAAUUGCCUAGAAUGCAUACUCCUAUCAAGGAUAAAGGGCGAUGCGAAAUUGUUUCCAUCGCCGACUUUUAUUUUCCAUUAGUAGACCCUACGGUGCUUGUAUUUUGAAUUUGGCGAACCAAAACCGUUGAUUGUGACCUCUUCAUCCAACGUUCACGUGUAAUGUACAUAAUGCAACAUAACAAUCGCCUCACCUUCUACGUAUUCUCUGGCGAAUUCGCACAUAUCGUAGAAUUCUAGUCGACUUGUCUUAUCCUAGGCGUGAUUGCGUUCUUUCUUGUUUUUUUCUUUUUUGUUUUUUUACAAUAAUUGUUAUCCAUUCAAGUUUGGGUGUGAGAGUUAAUUAAAAUGUAGCCUAACUGACUUAUCCAAUAGGUACUACUAGUGAACAGCAAACACUCUCCAGAUUUGUAGACUUUUCUUUCUAUUAUUUUUGCCUUUUGUUUAUCUUUUUUUUUUUUUUUUGUUUGACAUUGAAAUCCAUUUCACCCACAUUUAAGAGAAUUCUGUUGCUAUCGUCAUUUGGGUAAUCUGGAAAACUAUGUCAUAAAAUCAUAUUGUUUUUCAAUCCUACGCACAGUAAUCUAAUAGGCUGACAGUCAUGCGAGAAGAGCGUUCUUCGUUUUCUCUAUGUCAUACUGUCUGUUUGGAUGUGCCAUUUAUCGAUCGUAAUCUUUAUAAAUGAUUGCUAAAUACAUCCAAGAUGAAAUUAACAGCGACUCAGUUACCGCCAUUGCAGAACUUAUUGUAGUUGUCCCGAAGGGAAGAAAAUCCCAAAGAUUGAUUGUUCCGUUGUGCGUGGUGAAUUUGCUUAAAAUUGCCAAUUUUCGUACAAAUCACAGAAUGGAUUUAAUGGUGGUCACUUAUUUCAUUAUUGUUCCUUUCUCUUUUUGCUCAUUUCUGACUAGCUGUCAUUUAGCAACUCUUUUCCUGAUAGGUUUUGUGCGUUCCGAUUAGCCGCUCUAAUUGAUGACAUUUUGGGUAUGACUUUUUGUGCGACCUAAGCUUUUUUUUCCAUUUCACUUUCUUCGUUUUUUUUUUUUUUUUUUUUUUUUUUUUUUUUUUAUUGUGCUUCAGUGGUAUCUGCCGGUAUUGGCAAUCCUUGUUCAUUUCCUUCUAAACAAUAACAAUAACUCCCAUUUCCUCAGCGACACUCGUCACAUCCUUUUCUUUCUUUUCCUCACCAUUCCCUUUCUUUCAAUUUUGGUUCAUCUCGUAUCGUGAUUUCCCGUCCGUUUUUGGCACAUGGUUCUCUUUUCUCUUUCAGUUUUUCAUCUAUAUAUUUUUUUUUUCUCUUUUACUUUUUUCCGCCCUAUUUCAACUACAUAGUUCAUUCUUCAUUAUCAGCUUACCUCUAAACAAGUUCAUUUGUAUGCUAACACAUUGGAAGCUGCGCGUGAGUGUUGGAAUAAAAAACUUAUUGUCGUUCUUCCUUUUUACAUGCAAAACAUCCAGCCCCCCUUUUGAAUCUUUCAUUCCAUUUCCAUUUGUGUCCCGGUGAUCCCACAACUGUACGUGUGAAUACAUUUUCUGAUCCAACAAA